AUGUACAAUCAAUCGGUAGUAGCCAACAUCGUGGCAACACCGAAAACGGUCUCAGUAAAAAGAACACGAUGCCCCUCAAGUCCACCUCCAGCAAAGAGAACGCGUUCUAGUAUAAAUGAUUCAACCAAUAUCCGUGCAGUAGAGAAAGGAGUACGAAACUCCGGUGAGGAUUCUGACCAAGAUGACUCAACAAUUCUAUCAUCAAAUGUGGCAUUGAACCAAAAUCCACCACUUAACAAUGAUCCAAAGGUACAUUGCCGCAGUGACUACAUGGAGAAAUGUUGUCUGUGCUCCUACAAUGGAGAACAAAUGGUGCGACACUAUGUGUACAAUCAUCCAAAAAAAGCUGUGUACGUUAGUCGCAUAGCCCCCGAGCAGGCCGAGCUUAUAAGAGCGGAUCCAUUUGGAAUUAGUGGGCGAAAAGCAGUAUCCAGGUACGGUGACCAAGAGAUAAUCGUAUUUCGAUGCCAUUUUUGUGACCUUCGUUUGAGCGAAUCGCAUGAAUUAUGGUUGGAUCACAUAUCGAAACACACUGGUGAAUACCGUUACAAAUGUAUGUUAUGUCCAACAUUCGCGCGCCUAUCUUUCGACAGAGUGACGCAUCAUUCAGAGUGCACGAAUCCUUCCAUGCAGUUGUGGCACACAUACACCUUUGAGGAGAACCACUUGUACGCGUACAUGUGCAAUAAGUGCAAUUUUGUGCAAGUUCUUUUUGUCAAUAUGACGCGACACCUCCGAGAGGAUCAUCCAGAGACUGGUUCAAUUAAGGCAGGAUACACGAAAUUUAGCUUGGUCAACUUCAACCUGCAGGACGAAGAAAUUGAACUGCCAUACGGGAUGGUGAAAUUAGAACCGAUCUUGGAUGACACAAAUGUAAGUACGCAAGAUGAACAAGAAGUGGAACUUACGCUAUCUGAGGAUUGCCAGACACACAGCGCGGCACCGUUGCGAACUAUCGUGCAGAAACAGGGUUUGCUACAACCAGAAGUAAUUUUUAUAAAACAAGAAAUUCUAACUGACCGCAUCGAUAAAGGUGAAACAAACCCCUUGAAAAGUAUCGCGAAAAAAGGGCGUGAUAUUAGUGGGUGCUUUGUAACAAUAAAGCCUCUAGAAAGAAGCCAAUAUUCUAGCAACGUUCGUGGUAAACGACUACCUGGGAAUAUCUUCUCAAUAACGGAGAACAAUGUAUCGGAUAAAGCUUCAAGAAACAACAACCCAAUGGAACCUCAAGAAAGAAGCCAAUAUUCUUGCAACGUUCGUGUUAAAAGACUACUUGGUGACAUCCUUUCAACAGCGGAGAACAAUGUAUCGGAUAUAGCGGCAAGAAAUAACAUCCCAGUGUAUAACUCAUCCUCUAUACAAAAAUACAGCAAUCAACUCAAGUAUAGUACAAACAAUGCUGGUUCUAAACAUACAGCGAGCUCUACAGUUGUGUGUCUACAAAAUGAUCAGCGCGCUGUAUCGUCAUCAAUGGUAGCUCUGCAGCCCUGGAUUGAAAGUGAUGCCAACAAAAGGCUAAUAGAUAGGAGUAAACUAACAGUUCUCUUUUUAACAGCGCCAUACAAAUGCAUUGCGCAUAACUGUGGGUUUUACACAGAAGCAUCACAAACAAUAGGCUCACAUUUCAAAAGUCAUCAAAAACCGACCGUCCCGCAUCCGAUAGCACGUGACAGCUCAUGGUUGGAAUGUUGCUACUGUGGCUAUGCUUCAUUAAGCGUAUACAAUUUGCAGAAACACGUUGAAACGGUUCACAAGUACUCUGCCUAUCAAUGUGAUCGUUGUUGUUACCGGAGCCGGGAUCCCAACAGUGUGAGAGUUCAUCAACGGAAUUACCACAUCGAACACGAUGCCGAUGCCAAAAUCUUAUGCAUUCCGGGUCGACAGAAGGAUUACAACUCUAUGGAUAGAGACAUCAUUAUGAAUGAACUGAAAAGCAACGUGAAGAUGUUGAAAUGUGCAAAUUGUGCUUUAAGAAAAUUCAACGAUCUGGAACAGUAUCGGAAUCACAUAAAAACGCAUGGCGAUACGUACAUUGCAUGCCACGUUUGUGAUCAACUAAUGUCAGCAAAGAAGAUGAUAGGCCACAUUAGUUCGCACAACAUGUUUAUGCUGCAAUGCAUAUAUUGUGAUUAUGGGAUAAAUGAUUUGAAUAUGAUCAAGAAGCAUGUCGCGGACAAACACUCUGACAAAUUGUUGUGCUACCAUAUUCGAUGUUCUAAGCCAAAUGUUCCAUCAUUCAUCCGAGUGCAAGACAGAAUAUCGCCGGAACGUUUUCUUAAUUGUUAG